AUAAAUAUAUUUUUUUGGCUGCACAUUGAAAGCAACAUUAUUAUUUCUUAAGCUUAAUUAAUUCCAAUGAAGCAAGAGGAAGUGUUUCGCCCGGGCAACACCAAGAACAAGAAUUCGACGUUUAAGAGGUUGUUUAAGAAGAUGUGCCGAAAGAGAUCAAUGAAAGGGGAGGAAGCAGGUGACUUCCGCCACCGGUCUAGCCUUUCUACAAGCUCUUUGUCGUCGUCGGCACAAGAUGGGAGCGGGACCCGCUUCGAGAGGCGGGUUUUUGCAUUCUUCGACGAGGACGGAGAUGGGAGUGUUUCGGCUUCAGAACUGCGGAGGGCGGUGUGGGCGGUUGGAGGGGAACUGACGGAGGAGGAAGCGGAGAUGGCGGUGCGGUUGUCGGAUUCGGACGGGGACGGGAUGUUGGGUUUCGAGGACUUCGUCAAGUUGAUGGAGGGAGGGAAGGGUGGGGGUGUGGAGGAGGAGGAGGAGGAGUUGAGGGAGGCUUUUGGGAAAUAUGAGAUGGAGGGGAGAGGGUGCAUUACUCCAUUGAGCUUGAAGAGGAUGUUGGGUAGACUUGGGGAGUCAACCACCAUUGAGAGCUGUGAAGCUAUGAUUAGGAGAUUUGACCUCAAUGGUGACGGAGUUCUUUGCUUUGAUGAGUUCAAGAUCAUGAUGGCCUAGCCUAAACAUGUUCUUUUCGUGUACGUAUGGUUCAAUUCGAUCAAUUCUUUUUUGUUUAGUUUCAAAUAACGGCACUGUAAAUCAUCAAUUAAAAAAAUGUAAACAUGUUCUUAAAAUUUCAUGUAUGUAUCAUUCAAUUCUUUUGUAUAGUUAAAGUAAUGGCAUUAUUUCUAUAUUAAUAAUGUCAGGGUAUAGUU